AUGCCGAGAAUACACCGGGAGUUCAAAAAUCCAUACAUUUCUCGGUAUCGCCUCGGCACGAUCUCGGUAUUGUCUUAUAACGAGAAAUCAUGCCGAAAUACCGAGAUUCUCGUUACGAAAACAUGCCGAGAUUCCCCACUGGGAUGUGGAUCAUCCGCGGAAAUUACCCAGAAGGCUGAGAAGAAGCGGAAACGAGGAAUUGUUUAUAUAUCCAACAUUCCCAAGUACAUGACUGUAGCCAUCCUAAAGGAAUUUCUUGGGGAGUUUGGGAAAAUAGGACGAGUUUAUCUGCAGAACAACAAAUCAGAUGAUGAUGAAGCUGGGAAGAAGAGGAGGAAAAUGCGACGCUACACAGAAGGAUGGGUGGAAUUUGAGAGCAAAAAAGUUGCCAAAUUGUUGGCUUUGCGUCUCAAUGGGAAGCCCAUAACCACCCGGAAAGGCUCAAAGUUUUGCGAUAUCCUCUGGAAUCUCAAAUAUCUCUCUCGCUUCAAGUGGGUUCACCUCAGUGAGCGUCUUACGUACGAGAAGGCCGUCUACCGGCAGCGUCUUCAGACGGAAAUCUCCCUGGCACGCAAGGAAGCCAACUUUUACGGUGAAAACCUCGAUCGUUCGGAAAAGUUGCGAAAGCGGAAAGCAAAGAAAUAAAUCCUAUUUUAUACA